AUGCUGAAAACUGAUGAUGGCGUUGAACUUUACAAGGACGACGAAAAGGCUGAGCAUCUGUCCAGGUUCUUUCAGUCGGUCUUUACGAGAGAAGUCGCUGUACCCACUGAUCACUGUAAUGUGGACAAUGUCCCGACAAUUGACUCAGUGGUUCUCACAAAACCUAUUGUUCAACAGGAAUUACUGAAGAUAAAAGAAGGGACUUCGCCCGGUCCUGACGAAAUACCGGCAAAGUUGUUGAAGAAAUUAGCCACAGAAUUGGUAGAACCUCUGAGCGUCCUCUGCCAAGCCUCUCUUGAUGCAGGCAGACUGCCUCCUGAGUGGAAGACUGCGUGGAUUUCACCGAUUCAUAAAAAUGGCAGUCGCGCUUCCGCAAACAACUACCGACCAGUAAGCCUCACCUCCAUAUGCUGCAAAGUUAUGGAGCGAAUUAUCAAACGCGAACUGAUGCGGUUUUUAGAGCAAAAUCAUCUUCUGUGCGAUGCACAGCACGGUUUCCGCAGAGGGAGGUCCUGCUUGACCAAUCUACUCUACUAUCUUGAACAGUGGACCCGAGCGAUUGAUGAAGGAAACGUUGUGCAUGUGGCCUACAUAGACUUCAAGAAGGCCUUUGACAGCGUGCCACACCAACGUCUCCUAUACAAGCUCAGCCGCAUAGGGGUGAGAGGCAAGCUUUUGAAGUGGAUUGAAAACUUUUUGGUCGGUCGGUCCCAGACUGUUUAUCUUGGUGGCCAGCAAUCGGCAGAGGUGACGGUUACGAGCGGAGUACCUCAGGGCUCCGUUCUUGGCCCUAUCCUCUUCCUCAUCUAUAUUGAUGACUGUAUCCAUGGAUUGGACUGCAAAAUUGCCAUGUUUGCUGACGAUAUAAAGCUUUGGACCGUCAUCCGCAACGAGGACGAUGAAGCAAAUUUACAGGCAAACUUAAACCGACUCGAAAAAUGGUCAGGGCACUGGCUCCUCCCAUUUAAUGUUACCAAAUGCAACAUUCUGAGGAUUUGCAGAACCAGUUCUGCGCACCGGCAGACGUACUAUCUAAAUCACACACCGCUGCCACUGGUAGAGAUUCAGAAAGACCUAGGGGUGUGGGUAACAUCUUCACUAAAGCCAUCAUUCCACUGCUUGAAAGUAGCGAAAUCCGCAAUGCCCAGCCUAUACCUCAUUAAGGGGGCAUUUGCCAAGUUCGACGAAGAGUGCUUUCGCAAGGUCUUCGGGAUGUUUGUGCGCCCACGGUUAGAAUUUGCCAUUCAGGCCUGGAGACCCUGGACUGUUAAGGAUCGUACCACCCUCGAAAAAGCCCAACGACGGGCAACCAAGCUUGUCAGAGGUCAUAAAAACCUACCUUACGAAACCAGACAUUCAAAUCUUAACCUCUUUCCCCUGGACUACAGACAACUCCGUGGCGACUUAAUUCAAACGUUUAGAAUGUUACGCGGUCAGGACUGCUGCCUCGCAUCCGGUGACUUCUUUGAGCUGGCCACCACUACUAGCUUGAGUGGACACCCUCUGAAACUACGUGUGACAGGAGCGAGACUUGACGCAAGGAGGUCCUUCUUUAGCCACACAGUGGUAAAGGCAUGGAACGUCCUGCCUGUGGAUGUCGUCAUGUCCUCAUCCGUGGACUCAUUUAAGAGAAAGCUUGACCAGUACAGGGAUAUGUACCUCCACAGCAUCAGAAACUAACGAAUUCCCCCUGUGCUACCCGCCCCAUCCAACGUUUUAUGUUACAAAGCAUGCUACUCCCUAUAUUCUAGUAACAUUACGUUUUACAAUUUUCACUAUCUCCUGACCGCCACAUAUGCGCUUGCUUUGAUAUUACUUGGUCCAUUCAGUACCGUACUGGAUAUUGUACAAUUGUGACAUAGAAUGCAUUCACAGACAAAUUCAUACCAGUGGCCAAUGCUUGUUGUAUGUAAUUACUUACCUAAUUUUUUUCACACUUGCCUUACACAUUGUUUUUUUAUGACGUUAUUGUAACCAAAAGGGAGUUCAAAGGCGCUCGCCUACUUUUCCCUUAAUAAAUCUAAUCUGAUCUGAUAUGAUCUGAUCUGAAAUACUUAAAUUCUGCACUAGUAAGGGCCGGGCAAUUGUCUGAAACGACCAUCUCAGGUAUCCAAAAUGUAGAAAAAACGGUUCGCAACUUGUUGAUUGUAGUCAGUGAAGAACAAGAAUUUCCUGUCGGAAUCGCAUCAAUCCAUUUAGUGUGGGCGUCAACUACCACCAAAACCAUAUUGCCUUGUAAUGGCUCAAAAUAAUCGACGCGUACCCUCUUCCACGGCGAGCCGGGUCAGGCCCAAGGCUUCAGAGGAACCUUCGGUAAGGUCUUCUGUGUUAUUUGGCACACGUGACAUACUUUCACAACGUUUUCUAUAUCUGCGUCAACGUUGAGCCACCAAACAUAGUUGCGGGCGAGAGCUUUCAUUCUAACUGUACCAGGAUGAGCAUUAUGCAGGUCUCUGAGGAUGGCCCGUCGGCCUUGUGGUGGCACAACUAGACGAUUGCCCCAUAGUAUGCAUCCGUCUUGUAGACUCAACUCGUUCUGAUGGCUGAAGAAUGGUUGAAAAUCAGAGGAGUUAGAGGACGGCCAGCCAGAUUGCAAGGCUCUUUUUACCCGACUUAGGAGAGGGUCUCUCGAUGUCCACUGUCGAAUUUGUUGACAGAUUACAUGUGCGUUGACUAGGUUCUGCAAAAGAUUCACGGUCUCAAAAAUGGGUGCCCCGUUAAUGCCAUCGUCUACAGUAGGAAGCCUACUCAAGGCGUCAGCCACUACGUUUUCACUACCUGUAACGUAUUUCAUUGCAUACAUGUAAGCAGACAGCGUGAGAGCCCAUCGUUACAUUCUCGGCGAGGACAUCUGUUGUAUCCCUCGUUUUUCUCCCAGCAUACCUAAGAGGGGUUUGUGAUCACUGUGAAUCUCAAAGGGUCGGCCAAAAAGAUACAGGUGGAAGCGAUGUAAGCCAAACAUUAUUGAUAAGGCCUCUUUAUCUAGUUCAGGAUAGUCAGUUCUGCCUGCGACAUGGUUCUUGAUGCAAAGGCAAUUCGGCAUCUCGGUGCAUGAGAACCGCACUUACGCCGUAUGGAGACACAUCACAUUUCAGUAUGAUAGGCUUUUCGAGGUCAUAAUGAACUAUGAGAGAUGAGGAGGUAGGAGCCGCCUUUGCCUGUUCAAAAGCAUUUUGUUCGAUCUCCGACCAGUUCCAGCAACGAGUCUUUUCAAGUAGUCGAUAAAAAAGCUUUAGAAUUGUAGCCGAUUGAUUCAUAAAGGGACUAAAGUGGGUGACCAACCCCAGAAACGAACGCAAUUGACUAGUAUUGUUGGGUCGCGACGCCGUCUUCAAGGUUUUGAGCUUACGUUAGAGUGGAUGGAGGCCAGUUUUAUCCACCCUGAUGCCCAGGUAUUCUACCGAGUCGGCAAGGAAAGUGCAGUUUUCUUUCCUGAGUUUGAAACCUGCGUUUUCUAAACGUCCUAACACGAUAUUUAGAGUGUCUAGAUGACAAUGCUCAGAUGGGCCGGUGACUAGUAUAUCGUUAAGAUAUGCGCAAACGUGAGGUAUAUCCUUCACGAGGUUGUCAAUCAAGCAUUGAAAUAAACCGGGAGCCGAACUUACUCCAAAUGGUAGUCUUUUAUAUCGAAAUAAACUCCGAUGCAUAUUGAUGGUGGUGGCGUCUCGGGAUUAAGUAUCUAGGACGACUUGGUUGUAAGCAUGCUUUAGGUCCAAAGUUGUAAACUGACGACCACCUGAGAGGGAUGCGUACAGAUCCUCGAUGCGCGGGAGAGGAUAAGGGUUCAGUUUAGUUGCUGAGUUGAUUGUCAGCUUGUAGUCGCCACAGAUACGCACAGAACCAUCGGAUUUAAGAGCAGGAACUAUUGGGGCUGCCCAUUCCGAAUAUUGCACGGGCUAAAUAAUAUUCGCUUUCUGUAGGCGAUCCAGCCCUUCUUCGACCUUCGGUGCGACUGCAUAGGGGACUGUACGAGCUUUGAAGAACCGAGGCCGGAAAUCUGACUAAAACUGGAACUUAACAGAUGGACCGCGGUAGUGGGUAUCAGAAUUGUCAUGAAAUAGAUCUUCAUUAUUUACCAAAAUGAAAUCUAAAGCCGGAUUAACACCAAUCCGAUGUACAGGGGAUAGUACAGAAGGCACACAUUUAAUCCAAUUUCGUCCGAGGAGAUUUGGUUGUUGGCUUCCUCUCACCACACGAACCGGCAAGUAAUGAAGUUCUCCAUCAUGCUCGACUUCGGCUGUAAAAACUCCUCGAACCUCUACGUUCUGUCCAGUGUAACUACGGAAUGUUGAGCUAGCCGGAAGAAGAGAGGGUAAUUUCUGAAAAGAGGCCUCAUUGAUGAGAGUGACGGCUGAGCUAGUGUCGAUUUCAUACUUCACGGGAUGGCGAUCAACCGGAAGCGUGAUGGUCUAGGGCGAUUGGAGUGGCGCGUUGGCCGAAAACAUUCGGAGUAUCGCCUCCCCAUCCCCAGAUGGAUUAGGGUAGGUCGCAUGCGUGUUAGUGUUCGCUCGUCCUUUUGAGAAGCGCACUCGUUCGAUGUGGUCGAUUUUCUUGAAAAACUGGCAUACCGUCUUCUGGUGUCUACAGUCUGACUACCGGAUAUGAUGCUGACCACAACGGUAGCAGGAUGGUAGUUGUUUUGAGGGAGCUGAGGGUCGCUGUCUAGGUGAAGACACAGCAGUGUUGACCAGGGAGACAGCCAUUUCCGCUUACAAGGAUGCUAUCACUCCAUCGUUUGACUGAUUCAUCUGCUGAAGAUUUUGCCACACGCGCUCCUGGUGACCGGCGAUAUCACAGGCUUUCUCCCAUGACAAAUCCUUCUUCUCUGAUAAGAGAUUUUCCCGACCUUUUUCAUCGCGCAGACCGACGAUCAACUGCUGAACGAGCAUUGCGUGCUCGAAGUUGUCUGCAUUGAUCUCUUUAUACCCACGGUCCUGAAUGGCAAGAGUCAGAUUCGUAAUAAAUUCACUGACACAUUGAUUUGAUUCUUGACCCAUUUGACAAGACUGAUAGCGACUGAGAAAGACGUUGUCUUUUCCUCCCCAAGCUGACUCGAGUUUUUUGAAGACUGUUUGGAGAUCUUUAGCCUGUUGUAGAUUGAGGGCAUCGAAAUAUCGUUGUCCCAACGCUCCGAGACUCGUUUGGAGGAGUUUCAACUUAGAUGGGAUGUCUAGUACAAUCGUGGGUUACAAAAUCUGGAGCGGUUCAAUAUAAUCCUAAAAUGUGUUCCUCCAUUGCCACCACGAGUCAUUUGAGGGUUUCUGGGUGUUCUUUGGCCAGAAAGGUAACGGUGUAGGCAGUAAUGAAGACAUGUUCGUUAGGCUGUGUCGCCAAUAUAUGCAAAACAGAAGGUUAAUUGAAAAUAGGACGCGUAAUGAGCACGGUAGGCAGCACAAGUGAGGAGGCUUGUGAAAAAGUCCGGGUAUAUGACAAAGGGGGCAGUCAUGGGCUGAUGGGUGGGCAAUCAGCACAAAGAAGGUGGGAACAAGGGAAGGAAGCACAGAGGCAGAAGGACCACCACAAAUCCAAGUGCAGUGUAUGUGUAGAGACAUCAGAGACAAAUCAAUAUAAGUGUUAGUUUAACAAUGCAACCAGCCCUGCAAUCCGAAAGUAGUAUAUUCACCAGUACACUGCUAUCUAUAAACGCUCUUUGAACAUGACUCUUGAGUACCAUAUAAUUCGACAGGCAAAAUAACUUUAUUAAUGCCCCAGACCAGUUUCAUCAAUGGUACAUGUGACAACUCAUAAAAACGCGUACGUUUCACCAAGGGAACACAAUAACCCAAAAUCCGCACACGUCGCGUUCCCAUAAAGUCCAAAAUCCGCACAAAACGCAAUCUUUUGGGAAAUUAUGACACACAUGUCGUUUGUGGUUUAUAAUCUCAUAGAAAAAAUUAAUUUUCACUAAAUUAAACUGUGAGGGAUGUUUGCAUACAUGAUGUUGAUACAUAUAUUAAUGAAGGGUGAUUAGUGUAAGUGCAUUUUGUUGGCUCACUUUGGGCAUAUCCAGCCAACCCACAUAUUCUACUCGAACAGAUUUGGUUCCAGUAUAGAAAAACUUCAUUUGGCAGACCAGAUAGAAUAUUUGGUUGGAAAGGUGAAAUCAGCGUUGCCAAUCUUCAGGAAUGCGACAGCAACGCAUUGUUCCAGUCAAGACCUAAUGAUUGACGUGAGGUCGAUAACAGGUACCUUGACCGAUAUCUGAAGCUAUGCCACAAAGGGGUGGACGAAAACGCCCAUAUAUUGGAUAUUUCAUUUCUUUUAGCUUAACAUAUUCCAUUCGCAUCGUCCCACUGAUUCUAUGCCUGAUUAGACUGAUGAAUUUCCAACCCACCAAACGCUAGUUAGUCCUGCAGGGUUUGCAAAUAUGUGCUUGGCCAUUUUGGUUUAUAAGUCUGAGAUGGUUAUUUCGGUAGUCCUAGCUUCCGCCAGUUAUCUUACCAUGCAGUUAUAGGAGGAGAGGGAGAGGAAGAAAUGCAGAGUGUAGGACAGAGAGAUGAGUGAACAUGGAAAGAAAUGAAAUUACUUUGGAGCAAAAGGUGAAAUCGUGUUGCAAAGUUUAAGGAUUGUCCAAAAUGCACGGCAACCUCAAAGGGGGCACUGCACCCAUCAUUGUCGCGUCGGAAUGCGUUUACUUCGCUUGUCAAUUUUAAGAGUCUUGGCAAUCAUGACAAUUUUUUGGAAUUUCAUUCAUCUAGCGCAUUCUGUUGGUCCAAUGAGCCCAUCGUAAUCUGACACAUGAAAUCAGCAUAUGUGUGAAGGAUGCCCUUUGAUUAUUUCGGGUCGUUAAAGCAAGCAAACGGACCAGAAUUGAAAUUGUGAUGGAGAAAUUUCCUCAGUCCAUGCAUACGCUAUAUGAAUUCAGGGUAAAUCAAGUUUCGAUGAAUGAAUGACGAUGGCUUACAAUAUUGUUUCAUGUUUAAAUGCAGAUUGUACUUUAGGACGGCGUACGUGUGCAAGAAACCUCAGAUUUAUUCCGAACCGUUAAGAUCCAUGUCUGCAUUUGCUAAACUAUAUCGAGCAACAAUAUAUGUGACCCUGUCCGGGAAAGCGUGUUAAAUGACACAUUGCAUGAGGAUGGGUUCGGUCGAUAUCAUUUCAUAGGAGUCACAUGCUCCGCGUGAAAGAACACACUCAACCAUUUAAAAAUUCCAUCACUUUUCAACUUAGUUGGCACACAGCUUAUUUCAAAAAUUGAUUUUACUGUUGAUGGUUUAUGUCGUGAAGUGCUACGCCAGUGUGAAUAUGAACGACAUUUGACAAAUUUAACUUAUUCACUCCUGUAUGUCUGAAACAUUGAAUUGUAUUUCAAUCGAUUGUUUCGACUUAUUUCUACGUGACGGACGGUCCUCCACAAGAACCAAGUUUACGACUGAGCACGUUCCAACCAUCUUCGUCAGCAGGAUCCAAGAACAUGUCCUUGUUUUAUAUUGCCGGUUGUCGUAAGAAAUGUUACUCGAUAAAGUAAGUUUCGGGAGGGUUUCCAAUUCGACAGAAUUGGACACGUAAUGCAUGCACUUGGUAAACAAACGUAAAGAACGGUGCAAAAUACGCAGGGCAAGUUUUUAUAGCAAUUUUGGUCAGUAUGGUACAUUCAUCGGAGUCCCUAUUGCCAUGAUAAGGGAUCAUGUUUAGAAAAUUCAUAGUCCUUCAAGAUUUGACUAGAGGUGCAGCAGUCGUCGUUGAUUGAUGAGUAUUGAGCGGGUUUUUGAAUCAAACGGCAACAUUCUCCACUAGUCACGUUUCAUCAAUAUAUAUGUAUAUGCAGAAUGAUAUUACCGACAAAGACAAGGGAGACUGGAAUGGCCAUUUCUGGCUUAUUAGCCGUCGUCAGCCAGCCAUAUCCAAGCCCGAAGUGUGGAACACCCGAGCCUCGAACUCGCGACCUGUUGGUUUAGAAGUCAACGCCUCUACCCACCGGGCCACGAGCCCGUUGCCCUGUCCGUUUUCGAUCGGGAAUAUACAAUGUUAGGGGGCGCUCACCGACGACGGCUAAUAAGCCAGAAAUGGCCAUUCCAGUCUCCCUUGUCUUUGUCGGUAAUAUCAUUCUGCCUAUAUAUCAUGCGCCGCUGUGCGGCUGCUGGUUGGGCUCGAGAGAGAGCGCCUAAGGCACAACGGAACGAGUGAGUUCCGUAUGAACGAUCGGUGAGCGCCCCCUAACAUUGUAUAUUCCCGAUCGAAAACGGACAGGGCAACGGGCUCGUGGCCCGGUGGGUAGAGGCGUUGACUUCUAAACCAACAGGUCACGAGUUCGAGGCUCGGGUGUUCCACACUUCGGGCUUGGGUAUGGCUGGCUGACGACGGCUAAUAAGCCAGAAAUGGCCAUUCCAGUCUCCCUUGUCUUUGUCGGUAAUAUCAUUCCGCCUAUAUAACAUUUGCUGUUUCAGCAAAAUACUAGCGGCACUUUACCUAAACGGAGCUGAGAUGGUGAAAACGGUCGCAAUAUAAAGCAACAGGCAUGUUUUGUCAUUUACAGCAGAAAAAUAGCAGAGUAUUUUGCCGCAGGUAAAAUCGAGUAAAAGUGUUAGUUGACGUUUUGGCUUCAUCAUGAAAAAUGUUAACUACGCGGAUAUUCGUCGACGAAAUACGGUACUGAAGUAAUCCUUAAACGGCUGGCUUGGUAGCCAAAUUUUCAUAAUUGAUUUCAUUUGCGAAUUUUUACGUUUCUAUCCAUUCUGCUGUCGCCACAGAGUUAAUUUCGACUGUUUUCAAACUCAUCGAUUCAUUGAUGCACUCUCGUCACUAGCAAACACAUUAUCUUUUUUAAAAAAUAACCGUAACUAUUCACCUUCUCGUUGCUGUCAAAGUAGAAGAAGUACUUAUUCAGCAUGUCAUAUUAAGGAAUAGUUUAACCGAAAAUACUUCUUGAUUGACUUAAUGGCUCGCAUCUAGCAGCACACUGUUUUCUUUACAAACGUGCAAAAACACACCUUGGCAAUUCUAAAUGGCGUCCCCACCAAGUACCUGAAGCAUCCUUUCCUCCCAACAGUCCAAUGGUAAAUUAGCUACAAUGCGUGGCCGAUUUCAUGAUAUGUUGGCCGAAAUUCUCAAAUGUGUUUUCGAUUAAAAAUGAUUAUUUUGGUGGGGUUAUAAUAUUGAUUAGCAUGCAGCAUAAUUCUAUAGCCUUUCGGACUCGUCCGGAUGUCGGCUUUUGGAUGCACUCCUUUCUGACCUUCUGCAGAGACUGCGCUUUGCAAAAAAGGACUAUUUAUGUAGCAUGCAUUUUUCGUAUUGAUUUUCGAUGGUUUUACCAAUUCAAAUACAUUCUAUAGAAAAUGGCAACAAAAAUAUUCCCUCUUUUACACUUUCGGUAGAAAACCACACUGUCUUCAUAUCUUAUACCUGAAGAAAGUGUACAUUUAGGUUUUAAAAAAAUUUUCCUAUUCCCGAAUAUUUUUAAGCCAGAUCUGCUAUUGCAUUAGCGUUUAGCAACUUCAAUUUCCAAGGUGCAUGCUUUCCGCGUAAGGAAAAUCGUAUAUUCCUCUAGGCCUUUAAAAGCUGGGUAAUCCUUUUUAAUCGAAAACACAUUUCAGAUUUUCGGUCACCACUUCAUGAGAUGGGUCACGUACUGUAUCUGCGACCACUGCAAGAAGAAAAUGACAUAAAUAUUUAUUACAAAUUGGUAUAUACAACAAGGGUCUCUGAAAACAAACUACAUCAAAAUCUCAUUGAUAAUUAUAUGCAAUAUACUUUCUCAUUCCCAUUUUAGCAUAUCUGAUCCGAGUUCACACAGCGACUGUUCACAUAUUGCAGACUAGUAACAGUGAAUGAAUACGGUGACUUGAUGUGUGGUCGCUGCAGUUGCUGGUGGAACUUCCCUCAGGGCAAUUUCUUUGAAAAUGUCGCAGAGUUCACACUGAGUGUUUUUGUCAAUAGUAUUUUUAGUAAGAUACCGCAUUAUGCAUGGUAAGCCCAUUCAGCUCAUGUACGCUAAAGCGGCGACUGGUCCACUCACACUGCUCUAUCACUUCCAGCAACUUGACUUCUUGCGCACACUGGCAGUUUGCUGCGAUUCCACGUUCUAGCUUCAGUUUGAUCACUCGACCCGACAACCUAAUCAGAUUAAAUAGCAAGGAAUAAGUGUUCAUUGUUAUCGAGUUUUUUGGGAGUGAGUAAAAGGAGUUGGCUUAAAUUAUAAAGACAGCGACAGUUUUGGUAUUGUUGCAUUCACAUGUAAGGGGUUUUCGGAAUAUAAAUGAUAUGGCCCACGGUUGGAAGGCAAAUGCUUAUGAGACAUUGGAACACGAAGGAAAGUGGUGGAAAAUUUGGCAUUAAAAAACUGUUAUCCUGCGGUGACAUUUAUGUAGUAUAGGGAGGUUAGACGAGCUACUCGAUGAGAAGUAAUCGAUAAGACUAACCAGAUUGCCACUGAAAAUGUUAAAAGAUCGGCUAACGUGUAUCAAACGCCUCCAACCCCAAAACGCCGGAACAAAUCAUCUUCUAACUUGCCCGCCCUCCCAUCAAACAUUCCAUGCGCGGAUCGGCCUCAUCGGACACCUCCGAACCCGACGCCAAACACCGCAAUAACCGCUUCUACUGCCUUAGGAUACGCUCAUAUUUUCUCCCCUACACCCACUGACAAGCAUCCACGACAACUAUCACCACCGCCGUCAUUUCGGAUGACGUUUCUGACGUCGCCGAACACCACCUCCUCUGUCCCCUCCCGCCAAGCAACCCCGAGGACGAUGGCGACAACGAUGACUAUGACAACGACGAAUACCGCCUCACCCAAUUGGGUCGGCGCACUCGCUUUUUAGAUGCUGCGCCUUAUGUAGGAGGCGGCCCCAUAUUUUGAUGACAUUUGCGUAAUUUGCGCGAACCCAUCGCCUGACAUUGGUCCUAUUUCGUUGGUCGCCUCAUUGGGUAUAUGACUCACUGAUGGUUGACUUAUUUCCCCGCGUCCGCAACUCACUGCGAUUGUCUGUUCUGGAGGUGAGGUGAAAGUCGCUUAAACCAUGUAAACCGUUCGAACAAUAAGAAUGUUUUAUUUUUACCGAAUUAGUCUCUAAAAAACAAACCUAAUCGACGGAUGUGCCUGAUUCACAGCAUUUAAGAGGGCGGCCACGGCGGUCUCUAUAAUGACUAUCAUACGGAUGUCACCAACGUAGCGAUCAUAAUACCCAGGCUUAUCGAUCUGAUCCCUUAAAUGAAAUUCCUCCAGCUCGGCCAUGAAACUAUCAGCCAAGAGUUGUCCAAAAAGCGAACUCAUAGCAGCACCAUCUAUUUGUGAAGAAGGAGACACGAUCGCUGGAACAAGUGCUUUAUUAGCCUGAUGUUUCGAAUACUCCAUCACCAGAGACAGAGUCAGAUAAAGGUGCUGGAUUGCCCAGGUGUUACACUACUUAUAGGAUGUAGUUUCUAGGCCGCUACAUGCCUACCACAGUUGGCCUUGGAUACGUCCAAAUCAUCUAACUCCUGAAGUUCUGCCUCAAGACGCUAUGAGUGAUCGUUAUGGCAGUAAGUCAAUUACUUCACUAAACUGGUUAAACGGUUUAAAUAGCAGGACUGUCGACUGUUUCCUAUCGAUCAAGUCUCAAUUAUAUAAAGAAAAUUAGAUUGAAAGGUAACGGCCGACCUAAAAGUGUUAGCGUGGAUGUACUUAUAACUAAUGAAUGUCCAGCAACCGACGAAUAAAAUAAAUACGUAUGAGAAAUUAUACCCCGGAAGAAAGAAAUAGAAAUGGAAUGGAAGUUUUCAAUUAUUUUCCAAGUAGAGUUGUUGAUGAUCUAGUGAUGGAUGGAUUGUUUUGUGGCGUGGAAGUUUGCGCAUUACCCCUGCUGGUUUGUGUAGCUGAUUCCGCUCUUCAAAUGGUUGUACAACAGGAGGAUAAUUAGGAUUUAUUAGUGAGUGACAGUCAGUUUUGGGGGGCCUUCCGACAGUUGAAAUGACCAACAACAUACGUGGGUUGUAUCAGAAGGAUAAAACAAACAAACUCACUAUCAAAAGAUGAAGAUGCGAUCACUGGAACAAGAAAUUUAUUUGCCUGACGUUUCGGAUUCUCACUCGAAUCCAUCAUCAGAGACAUUUGCAGAUAAAGGAAAUGGUGGCACCAGAAGUGCAGUAUUUAUAGCACGUGGCUGCCGUGGGACCGCAUGCGCACUGCAAUUAACAGUUCUCGCAAUCACCGCUGGGAUCGUAAUUGAUGCGGUGGUGGCUUGUCGGUCCGAGUCCGAGUCGUUAAUUGCCGUGAUUUCGUCAUCCGUGCUGGAUGCUGGUGUGACGAUUGCUGGGCAAACUGACUCAAUGUCACCGUGAUGAUUGCUCGCCCGCGACCUCCCCACUUGACUGAUUCUCCCGCCCAGGGAAAAUCGCAACACGGAAUAUGGUACCGGGAGGUCAUUGUGCUUGUUGAUGGAUUGCGGGCCUGAGAACCAUGACUCGAGCAGCUCGCGGAUCACACGGUUGUCACCCCUUGCGAGGAUUCCGGCCUCUUGACAUUUGAAAAUAUGGCCGGGUCCCGUCGAGUGUGCCGCCACCUGAGAGUUAGCGUCUGCCCGCCCCACUGCUGCUGCUGCGUGCUCGGCAAUUCGCGUACGGAGUAAUCUCCCAGUUUCUCCGACAUAAUUGCUUUGUCCGCAACUAUACCAGAUCCGGUAAACGACUCCAGACGUUUCCUGCCGUGGCAGCGGGUCUUUUGGCUUCAUGACUUGGCGCCUAAUGGUUGCCUCCGGCCUGUGUGCAACCCCAACUCCAAAUGGAGUGAGAAGACGACUGACGGCUUCCGGGAAGUUCUUCACGUACGGAAGAGCCUGCCAAAAUUUGGGGCCGGUUGGAUUUGGUCUCAGGUGUCCUUUUAGUAUGCACUGGUUGACAAAGUUGCGCGGGUAACCAUUGGCUCUCAUUAACCGUCGAAGAUAUUGUAAUUCAUCGACCUUGUCUCCCAUUUCACUGCAGUUCGUCUCAGCGCGCCGGUAUAGCGCUCUUACGCAACUGCGUUUGUGACUGAAAGAGUGGUUGAUAUUGAAGUCGAGUAUUUGCGUCGUAUUUGUCGCUUUCCUGAACGUUUUGGUUUUUAGGCCAUCACAAUCUUUGCGGCAGACGAGGACAUCCAGGAAGGCCAGCUGAUUGUUUUCCUCCUCCUCCAUCGUAAAUUGAAUGUCCGGGAAGACGGCGUUGAGUUGUUCUUUGAACGUCAGCACCUGAUCCCGUUCGAUGACAAUGAAGCUGUCAUCCCCAAACCCAGCCCAAACUUUCGGUCUGCGGUGUCGGAAAACCAACGACUCCAGCCGUUGACAAGCCACCACCGCAUCAAUUACGACCCCAGCGGUGAUUGCGAGAACUGUUAAUUGCAGUGCGCAUACGGUCCCACGGCAGCCACGUGCUAUAAAUACUGCACUCCUGGUGCCACCAUUUCCUUUAUCUGCGAAUGUCUUUGAUGAUGGAUUCGAGUGAGCAUCCGAAACGUCAGGCAAAUAAAUUUCUUGUUCCAGUGAUCGCAUCUUCAUCUUCUGAACUGCUACCUGGAACUCGCCUGUUUGCUUCUAUCAGCAAGCUCACCGUCGACAGUUGCAGAAAAGAGCGCUAACUUUGACGAAGUAUGGGCGAAAAGGGAUUGCGUUCAUAAAAUGUUAUCCGGACAAUAACAAAUAAAUCCCUAAACUGGUACCUUUCUGCAAGGCCGCAUGCGAAAACUACAGUCCGCAACGUAUCCCUGCUUAAGUAGUGUAAAAUGUAUUUGUUGAUUUUCAAUGCCCCUGAAAAUUUAAAAAUAUACUAUAGGAAAAAGGAUGAAAAGUCUUCGUUCUUGAGCCCACUUUGUGACAACUAGCGAAUUAAUCGAAUUAUAAUUUUAUGGAAAUUGUACUAUCCGUCAGAAAAAAAACUUCAAUUGCGAGACCAUUGGGACUAUAAGGACUGUGAAGGAGUUCCAUGAGUUAGUCCACAUAUUGUAGUCACAAACAUACUCUGUGUGCGAAUAAACAUUUUCCAUGAAGGACUAGAGGAAUAAUCAAAAGGUACACAAAUGCUAGUGCAUCAGUUUGAUCGCGAAAUAUACUUUAUCACUGCUCGUUGAUUAGGUGAUGUACUGUAAUAUCUCGUGCAGGAUUUACAUCAAACCGGUCUAAAAGAAUGUUGCCGUUUGAAGCAAAAACACGCUCAAUACUCAUCAAUCGACGACAACUGCUGCAUCUGUUAACAAAUCUUGACGGACUAGGACAUUUCUGAACAUGAUCCCUUAUCAUGGCAAUAGGGACUCCGAUGAAUGUACUAUACUGCCCAAAAUUGCAAUAAAAACUUGCACUCCGUAUUUUGCAACGUUCUUUACGUUUGUCUACGAAGUGCAGGCAUUACGUGUCCAAUUCUGUCGAAUUGGAAACCCUUCCGAAACUUACUUUAUCGAGUACAAUUUCUUGAGACAACCGGCAAUAUAAAACAAGGACAUGUUCUUGCAUCCUGCUGACGAAGAUGGUUGGAACGUGCUCAGUUGUAAACUUGGUUCUUGUGGAAGACUGUUUGUCACGUAGAAAUAAGUUGAAACAAUCGAUUGAAAUACUAUUCAAUGUUUCAGACAUACAAGAGUGAAUAAUUUAAAUUUGUCAAAUGUCGUUCCUGGUCACACUGGCGUAGCACUUCACGACAUAAACCAUCAACAGUAAAAUCAAUUUUUGAAAUAAACUGUGUGCCAACUAAGCUGAAAGGGGAUGGAAUUUUAAAUGUCUGAGUGUUUUCUUUCACGCGGAGCAUGGGACUCCUAUAAAAUGUUAUCGACCAAAAUCCAUCCCCAUGCAGUGUGCCAUUUAACGCGCUUUGCCGGACAAGGUCACAUAUAUUGUUGCCCGAUGUAGUUUGGCAAAUGCAGACAUGCGCCUUAACGGUUCGGAGUAAAUCUGAGGUUUAUUGCACGCGUACACGGUCCAAAAGUAAAAUUUGCGUAUAGAUAUGAAACAAUAUUGUAAGCCAUCGUCAUUCAUUCAUCGAAACUUGAUUUACCCUGAAGUCAUAUAGCGUUUGCAUGGACUGAUGAAAUUUCUUGAUUAUAAUUUUAAUUCUGGUCCGUUUGCUUGCUUUAACGACCCGAAAUAAUCAAAGGGCAUCCUUCACACAUAUGCUGAUUUCAUGUGUCAGAUUACGAUGGGCUCAUUGGACCAACAGAAUGCGCUAGAUGAAUGAAAUUCCAAAUAAUUUGGAUAUUGAUUUUGCUCUGGAGUUUGCAUUCUGUUGUCAUUUGAUAUAUCGCCGUUCAUCUCGACAGUCUGAUAACUACUAUUCAAUCUUGCCUAUUUGAAGUAAUUUUCGAAGCAAUCGCGUGAUUGCCAAAACUCUUAAAAUUGACAUGCGAAGUCAACGCAUUCCGACGCGAAAAUGAUGGGUGCAGUGCCUCCUUUGAGGUUGCCGUGCAUUUGGACAAUCCUUAAAAUUUGCAACACGAUUUCACCUUUUGCUCCAAAGUAAUUUCAUUUCUUUCUCUUUUCACUCAUUUCUCUGUCCUACACUCUGCAUUUCUUCCUCUCCCUCUCCUCCUAUAACUGCAUGGUAUGAUAACUGGCGCAAGCUAGGACUACCGAAAUAACCAUCUCAGACUUAUAAGCCAAAAAGUGGCCAAGUGCAUAUUUGCAAACCCUGCAGGACUAACUAGCGUUUGGUGGGUUGGAAAUUCAUCAGUCUAAUCAGGCAUAGUGGGACGACGCCAAUGGAAUACGUUGAGCUAAAAGAAAUGAAAUAUUGAAUAUAUGGGCCUUUUCGUCUACACUUUUUUGCUUAGCUUCAGAUAUCGGUCAAGGUACCUGUUAUCGACCUCACGUCAAUCAUUAGGUCUUGACAGGAACAAUGCGUUGCUGUCGCAUUCCUGAAGAUUGGCAACGCUAAGUUCACCUUUCCAACCAAAUAUGCUAUCUGGUCUGCCAAAUAAUAGCUUUCUAUACUGGAACCAAAUCUGUUCGAGUAGAAUAUGUGGGUUGGCUGGAUAUGCCCAAAGUGAGCCAACAAAAUGCAGUUACACUAAUCACCCUUCAUUAAUAUAUGUAUCAACAUCAUGUAUGCAAACAUCCCUCACAGUUUAAUUUAGUGAAAAUUAAUUUUUUCUAUGAGAUUACAAACCACAAACGACAUGUGUGUCAUAAUUUCCCAAAAGAUUGCGUUUUGUGCGGAUUUUGGACUUUAUGGGAACGCGACGUGUGCGGAAUUUGAGUUAUUGUGUUCCCGUGGUGAAACGUACGCGUUUUAAUGAGUUGUCACAUGUACCAUUGAUGGAACUGGUCUGGGGCAUUAAUAAAGUUACUUUGCCUGUCGAAUUAUAUGGUACUCAAGAGUCAUGUUCGAAGAGCAUUUAAAGAUAGCAGUGUAUUGGUGAAUAUACUACUUUCGGAUUGCAGGGCUGGUUGCAUUGUUAAACUAAGACUUAUAUUGAUUUGUCUCUGAUGUCUCUACACAUACACUGCACUUGGAUUUGUGGUGUUCCUUCUGCCUCUGUACUUCCUCCACUUCAUUAAACAUGUCAGAAUUUCAUCCAAUCAGUACUGUUUAAAAACAUUCCCUAAGAUGGCUGUGGUCUGUGCCGCCCUCGAUCUUGCAGUCUGCCUAUACUGUUAGCAGUCUUAAGCAUUUUGCGCCGGGCACCUAUAAAUCAGCGGAAGAAAAUGAGUCUCAAACGCCAUGAACGUGAGUCCUGGAUGGGUCCAGUAUGCGGUACUUUCGACUCUGCAGGUGAAUGCUCUAUAGUACAUUAGCAGAUUCGUUUUUCUCCAUUUUACCUCAUGUAGGUCAUGGAAUUUCUGGUUUCGGGCAAGAUGCCUGCAUGUGGAUCUAGAAAUUUAAAUUUACGGGUUUGUUUCAGGAGGACAAAAGAUGUGGGCUGACAGUGACUGCACUUAGGUGCCAUUGGUAGACAACAUUAAUUUUAAUGAAGCUGAAAAUUCAGGUGAACAAGAACGUCUGUAGGCAGGUGUAAUUCCUGCAAAAAGUUUACAGUCACAUAAUAUCAGCAUCCUUGCGUAAAGUGGUUUUUAGCCUGCUGGUUUUGAACAAUGCAUGUGACUCUGCGUUGUAUGCGGUGCCUUCAUUGUAUGCAAAGUACAAGCUAUGCGGUCUGCCAAAUGACGGAAUUAAGGAGUUCCGACAAUCCAACACCUCACAGGGCCAGCAAAAGACAUAUUUUUCUUUGUAGGUAAACUGAGAGCAUGUUAAGUCUUUCGCCUACGUGUUCGACGUCCCAGUUCAGCAACGAAAGACUACGGAUGUGUACGUCCUCAGCGGCCUCAUACCGAUGAGGCAUCCUUCUACUUUUAUAUUAUCAGCAAGGUAAAGAUGAGAUUUACUUGAUAAGGGCUGCAUCUGCCGAUAGCAUAUAAUCAUAUCCCCUUUUGGAUGGGAGAAUCCAUUCACUUCCAAUACUUAAAGCGACGUAUUAUGUGAACAUAUCAGAGAACAGCAAAUUAGCUCUCUUUCUCUAUCUUACCUAAAUUUACCAUGGUUUUUCCCCAGGAAUUAGUCAUUAUCCUGGAAGUCUACAUUAUAACAUGGCAAAGGUAUUAUAACGUACUUCAGAGAUAGGUAUUAGUUUAACACCCAGACGCGUGUGCCGCCCAUAUCCUCUGUUGUCAGUUUGGUAACUAAUAUAGAUACAGUCUGCUUGUAUAGCAUUCUGCUCAGAGAGACGGACAAAUGUACAUUUCACCUAAAUCAACGUUCAUUUAAACUUGUAGUGUUUGGAUGAACCGCAAUCGUUUGCGAUUUCGGUUUUUGCAAUUGAAACUUGAAAAAAACACGUAGGCCACAUGACAAUGCGCACAUGAAGAUAAGCAGUUCGCUGACUUCCUUGAACACUCCUAUGAUUGUAGUCGUCCGGGCGUCUUAUUAGCGCUUUGAAAUCGCUGUUAUCCAAUAAAAAUAUGAGUGAGAUCUGUAAAGAAGCUAUAUAAGUGACGCCAGACUUCCAACCUAUAGUGGGCGACGGCCAUCUACAAUUGCAAAAAUGAGACUCCGGUCUUCGAUUCUACUGCAGGCUGCAUUAAUCUUUCUCGGUGACAUUUUCGGCAAGUCUGAUCCCUUAAUUCACUUCUUCACAAUAUCUCUAUCUCGCAUCCUGUUCCCACAGACUACACCUUAAUGUAAUGUAUCCCGAAAAAUUGUGACGCAGGAAAAAUACGCAUGAUGUUGCUGGAUUUUCGUAGCGAGAAUUCUAGGUAAAAUGGCCAAUCCAAUCCCAGUUUUACUAUAACUUGAAACUUCUUCUUUCCUGCUUUCAGCUCGCGCCGAGGAACCAUCAACUUAUAAACUGUGCAACAGUACACACACAGAGUGUACAACUAUAAACUUGAGACCCGGAGACCAGACCAAAGGCCAGCACUGCCGUACAGCCUGUUCAAAUAAGACAACAGGUCUGUAUAUUUGCCACAUGCAUGCAUGUCAAUGACGACUGCGAAUGCUGCGCUUAUUUUCAGAUUCCUGAUUGACGCGGCACGUAGCUCAUACAUUAACCUCCUCCUUGUCCUUUAGGGCAGUUGAGCGAGAAAAUCACAGCCGUCUAUUGCGAAACUUCUGGGGAACCCUGCACCUCGUACGACGUUUACGGACGACCAAAUUAUCCCAGAAAUUUCAAAAGACAUGUUCUCUGUGUGCAGGCAUGUCAGUUUGUUGCACAAGGUGAGUCGCCAAAUCGCCUUCCAGAAACACUUGCGCCCUCGUCUUCUCAGCAGGCCAAACACCUGCUACAUCGUCUAACACUCACCUAACCUCCAUCAUGGUUCAUAUGCCAUGCAAAUAGGCAUGAUAAUUAACAACGUAUUCGUCACUUUUCAGUUGAACAAAGCACCGCGAUGUCUUUUAAACUAUGCAGGGACGUCCAGCAGAGGUGUAGUCCAAUUGAGAAGACGAAUGGUACAUUCAAUGACUUCAGAAGGUGCAUUUUCCAGUGUGACGGUUGGGUAAAGCGUAAGUUCUUAACCUACAUUUUGCACACUUGUACUGCUUUGCGUCACCCUUGUUCAUUCAGUAAGCUGCCUUUUUAACUUUAAAGUGGAAAAUACCAAGGAGAACACAGCAUACCUCUGUCCUGCAAGCGGCGAUUGUCAGCAAGGCAAUUACUUCACCAAGAAGAAUGAAGCAGGCGCAUUCGCCAGCUUGAAGGCCUGUUUCGAGACUUGCAUGUCAGGUGAGGUUCCAUAUGCACUGCAGCUUGCCAUUAAAGAAUGCUUAAUACUCGUUUCCGAAACGUAG